AUGAUGCUGCAAUCUACUGAUUUUACUAGCCAUCAAGAGAAGAAUAUUCAGCCAAACAAGAAAGAAUUCAUAUCUAUACAGAGCACAAAAUAUGGCCAAAACGUUGAAUCGAAAAUGGAUGCUAUGAAUAUUGCAAGCAGCGAAGGCAGAAGGUUACCAAAUACUGGAGCAAGGUCUCCCUCCCCUUCACGGUCUCCAACUCCAAAACAGCAUUCCAAUAUUCUCCCAUAUCAACAUCUUCGAAGUCGCAGUUACGGUCAAAGUCCACUGCCAAGCAAGUCGUAUAAACACCAACAGCAAACGUACUUCCCACAUUAUCAUAACAAAGCGAAACCGACGCACACUCCACAACAAAAGCCUCCACAGAGUCCUAACCCCAACUGGACUGCAUUGAUUCCACCAAUGCCAGCUUUCCCUUCUCCUUCAUAUCAGCGAGAUUCUUCAAAACUGAGUAGUUCUAAAAACCCACCGAACUCGACAAAUCAUGUCUCAAAGAAUACUGGUAGCAAUUUAUAUAAUCCAAAGCCAUCUCAAAGACAUUCAAUUGCAUAUUCACCUUCCGGAUCCAUGACUGACAUCGACAUAAGAAAUUUUCAAAGUUCUGGAUCGAUUCCAAUUUCAAAUUCGCCUUCGAGGCAAGCGCCUCCUAAUCCUCCACCUAUGGCUCCGACUAGCGAAAGACCCCCUAAUACCGACGUCGUCCCACGAGGUAAUACUAAAAGGAAAAAGAUUUGUAAGAAGUGUGGAUUAGAGAUCACUGGUCAGUUUGUUCGAGCUCUUCACAAUGCAUUUCACGUUGACUGCUUUUGUUGUCAAAAAUGUGGGAAGCAAUGCUCAGCAAAAUUUUUCCCAUAUGAAGUCACGGAUAGCUUGAAUGGAAGCAAGAGUAUAGUGGCGCUUUGUGAAUAUGACUACUUUAAGGAGUUAGACUUAAUCUGUUUCAGUUGCAACAGCGCUCUACGAGGGCCCUAUAUUACGGCUUUGGGUAACAAGUAUCAUUUGGAACAUUUUAAAUGCGCUGUCUGUCAAAAGGUUUUCGAAUCUGACGAGAGUUAUUAUGAACAUGACGAUGAGAUAUAUUGCCAUUACCAUUAUUCAAAGCUAUAUGCCACCCACUGCGAAGGAUGCCAUUCUUCAAUUGUUAAACAAUUUGUCGAAUUAUUCAGAGGGGGGCGGAAUCAACAGUGGCAUCCUGAGUGCUAUAUGGUGCAUAAAUUCUGGAACGUCUGUAUAACGGUAGACUCUGUUGGUUUGCAACAAUUGUUUGGAAUCUCAAUGUCGACUAUGAGCUUAAGAAACUUGAAAGAAUCAAAUAUAGAUGGUAAGUUGUUACUUGCAGUUGAACAGCAAAUUGAAAAUGUUGUCAUGAGUUGCUGGCUAACUUUGUCCGGAUACGAAGAGGUUACUGCGUCUGGAAUUAGCGACAUGCUACUUAACGCUUGUAUUGGCAACCAGAAAAGUGGGUUAAUGGCAACAGGCAAGUUAAUUUUACAUAUUGAGGUUUUAUUCCGUGCGAUUGAUUAUGUACAAGAUGCGUGCCAACAGUCUAUUGGUCUUGUCCAACAGCCUGAUGAUCUGACUUCGUCACUUGAUCAUGAUUUUUUUCAACCAUUGAGGAAAGAGCCCAGAAAUAUAUCAGGGAAAGUUAUGAGUUACUUGGCUAUCCUAAGAAAGUCAAAUCAGUUGGCCACUUCUGGUAGCUUAUCUGCCGAAUUGCUAUCGGUUAUAACAGGCUGUGCUCAUUAUUUGAAAUUGUUGAUAAGAAUCGGAUUAAACAAUGCUUUGAAGAUUAAUAAAUUGAAGGGCUCUACUGUCGCAUCAGAGAAGUUUUUAGACCUCGUCAAGAGGUACGAAGUUAUCAAUCACGCGAAGAGUGCUAUUGAUGUUGAAGAAACUAAUUCUAAAGAUGGUAGAAAAUCGAGCAAAAGUUCGGACAGUAAGGCAAUUGGCAAUAUCAUUGGUAAUGUUAGCGAAUCGCCAAAUUAUCUUGACUAUCAAGGCUUAUCGAUACCACCUAAUUCUACGGAUGCAUGUUAUGCUUGUGCAAAAAGUAUUGAGAAAUCUUGUUUGAACUUUGGUAACAUGAGAUGGCACUUGAAGUGCUUUAAAUGCUCUAAAUGCAAUAAGGAAAUACCAGUGAAUGAAGCUAGCAAUGCAUCAUUUAGUCUUACGGACAUGACUAUCAUAUGCGAAAAUUGUUUUGACAAUGAUUCCAACGCACAGAAAGGGUUUGAAUUAGUUAGUAACUUAUCACAAUUGAUAUAUCUUUUGAAGAUUGCUUUUUCACGCUCUAAAUCAGUCAUGAAUAUACCUUCUACAUUGCCUUCUAAGAUCGAGGCUAAUGAUGAGAAAGGCAUGACACCGAUUAAUGAAGACGAGAGGGACUCAACCAUGAUAGAGGAUGAUUAUUCAAAAACAUUAAGGGAUGUUACGCGAUUGAGAACCAGGCGGCAGAGUCAGAAAUUAUCUAGCUCAAUAAAGCAGAACGCUAGAAAAUCGGUCAUACUAGAGGCACCCGAGGCUGAUAAAGCAAAAGAGGAUGUCACAAUCGAUAAAGAUUUAUCUGAUAAUAAUUUAGAGGAAUCGCAGAAUAGAAAAGCUAGCGUAUCUUCAAAGAUGUCAUAUAGUGCUGAGGGUGAAAAUGAUCAGUUCAGAGUUAAAAACUCCUUAAAAAUUAGAGAUGAGCCGAUAAAGCAGCUUACAAAUAGUCAUCUCGAUAGGACGUCAGACUUACUACAAAAUGAAAAAUCAUUGACAUUGGAUGAUAUUCCCAGAAUUGUUGCCGCUGAGCAAGCUCGUGAACAAAGGCCUAACGCAUUCAAACAUCAUAAUUCAUUGUACCAGAAACAGAAACCUAUGCAACCAGUCAAGGCUGCUUCGGUCUCUGCGGGUGGUAUUCCAGAUUACAUUCAGAUUACUUCAGAGUCUCAGGAUCCUACAACUUCCUCAGGAACUGCCGUUACAGCUCAAAAGUCUAAAUAUUAUUCUGAAUUAACCAAAUCGGAGCAUUUCAUUUUAAGACACAUUGCGAUUGAAGCUAUAAUUGAAACACGAGAUAAAAACCUUACUACAGACGAAUUGUUACCUCUAAUCCAAACCAGAAAGCUGCCUAACUUUUGGGAUAAAUUCAAGUUUGGAGGUAACGAUCCAAAACGUUAUAAAAGUUCACCUGUGUUUGGAAUAGAUAUCCAAGACUUGACGUCAAGGUAUGGGGUGGAUUCUGAUCUAGGUGUUGGUCCUUCAAAGCUUAGAAUACCGAUUGUUGUAGAUGAUAUCAUCAAUGCCCUUCGACAAAAGGAUAUGUCUGUCGAAGGUAUUUUCAGACUAAAUGGUAACAUCAAGAAGCUAAGAGAAAUGACAGAUCAAAUCAAUAAGAGUCCAUUGAAGUCUCCCGAUUUUAGCAAUCAAAGUGCUGUUCAGUUGGCUGCUUUAAUGAAAAAAUGGUUGAGGGAGCUUCCAACUCCUUUAUUGACCUAUUCGCUUCAUGAGCUAUGGAUAUCAUCUCAAAGAGAAAAAGAUACUAGUAAGUGCAAACGAAUUUUACAGCUCACGUACUGCAUGCUCCCAAGGAGUCAUAGAAAUUUGGUCGAAGUGCUAUUAUACUUCUUUAGUUGGGUUGCUUCAUUCGCUGAGAUCGAUGAUGAAACGGGCUCUAAAAUGGAUAUUCACAAUCUAGCCACCGUGAUAUCACCUAAUAUAUUGUACUCAAAACAAAGUUCAGCAAAUGAUCAGGUACCUCAGUCUGGAGAAACCUAUUUCCUCGCAAUAGAAGUCGUUAACCAAUUAAUUGAGCUACAUGAAGAACUCAGCAUUGUACCGCCAGAUUUGUUAGAAUUUUUUGAGAAAUGUGGCUUCCAAAAUAUGAAGACGGACAAUAUUUCUACAAAGGAGAUUAUGAAUAUAAUCGAUAAGACUUUAAAGAAGUAUCCAAAUUUUUUCCAGAAUCAAACAAGGGCUAAGAUAGGAUCAGAAAAUCAUUUCAAUCAACAUGUCCGAAGCAAUACUGUUGAAAGAGGUCACUCUAAAGUAUUCAACGAAUCCCAUGGUGAAUCUUGGGUUGCCUGA